AUGAUCCCUGCUAAACCCUUGUUCAGCUCUAAAACGCCAUUUUUGUUCCCGUCUCACCACAAUUUCUGGAAUUUCUUCGUCAAGGAUCCUCAGUCUUCCAUGGGUACGAAGCCCAUUUCCACAAAAUACUCAUCUUCAACGCCAAAAUAUGCGCAGGAAAUAGCAGACGCCGAGGGCAGCAUUAGCCUACAAGAAUGGCAAGGUUGGGGCCCCAUUUCGCCAGUACCCUCGACGGUUAAUCAAGUUAUUCACGACUUGAAGCUUCUGGAGAAUGAAGUGGGCGCUUGCAUGACGUUUGAUGGCAACCACGGCAAACUCUCGGGAGGUUUCAAGGUGCAUGAGGAUAAGAAACAUAGAGCAAAAUAUGCGAGUUUAGGUACUUCUGAAGAAAAAAUCCAAUUUUUUUCAGCUCGCCAAAUAGCUUGCCGGUUACUUGGAAGUAGGGGUUAUCUAUGCCAGAAGUGCUGGCUUGCAUUGGAAGAUUGCAUGUGUUCUAAAGUUACAAAGUGUUCCCUUUGGCAUAGAGUGCAUAUUUGGUUGUAUAUGCACCCCAAGGACUUCUUAAGACAGAACAAUACUGGGAAGUUAUUGUGGCAAGUAUUUGGUGUCAAAGCUGCAAGUUUGUGUCUCUUUGGCAUAACUGAGGAUGAGGAAAUAAUGUGGAAUGAAUUGAGUCGUGCAGGUAGAAACAUGGUUUGGUGCCUCUACCCAAGUAAAAAUGCUUUUACUGAAUCUGUCAAGGAUGGUGUUGGCUGUUCCAUGAAUCUAGAAAGCCAAGGAGUACUGGCAAAUGAAGAUAACACCAUGCACUUUAUUUUAAUCGAUGGCACCUGGAGCAACUCAAGUGCAAUGUUUAGGCGCUUACAGGAUCGAGCUGAACUAGAAUGGAAUAAGGAACUUCGUUGCAUAACUUUGAACAUGGGUGUAUCUUUGAUGCAUAAACUAAGGCCCCAACCUUCAUGGGAUAGAACGUGUACAGCAGCUGCAGCUGCAGGUCUCCUUUAUGAGCUCCAGCUAAUCCGAGAGCUGAGUAACUUUGGCUUGGAGGUGUCAGCUAAUUCUGUCGAGCAUGCACUGGAGGUGUUAUUACAAGCUCUAACUACAAGAAGGCUCCGCAUGGGCAGCUUCUGCUGGCUUCAAGUAUAG